AAAACUUCUCGAAGCUUUUUUCUUCAUACUAACACCACGUUCAAAAAAAAAGUUUACCAUUGAUCACGUCUGUACAUUAUUUCACAUUUGAUCUUCAACAACUUGUCAAAUCACCCCCUGCUACUUUCUUGAUACCCAUUUCUUUUCUUUUACAUACACAAUUCUUUCAAAAUGAUGUCACUAAGGACUUUUGCGCGUUCCGCACCUCGCGCUCUCUCCCGCGUCUCGUCGGCCGCUACCCGCAGGACAACGGGAUCUCCUCUCCUCAAGACUUCCUCCUUUGCUGCCUCGUCACUAAGGGCAGUAUCACGUCCUGCAGCUUUCUCAACCUCUUCGUUGAGGAGGGCACAGAGCGGGGUUAGCGAGGAGCUUGCCAACAAGCUCGACCAGGAGCUGAGCUUCGAGGCCGAGGUAAAGAAGAGCGAGCCUGAGCCGGCCAUCAUCAAGGACUUCCUUGAGAACACCCCCUGGGAGCUCAAGGACGUCUCCGGCCAGGAGAAGGUUGUCCUGACCCGCAGCUUCGACAACGAGAAGAUCACCCUGACCUUCUCCAUCGCCGACCUCGCUGCCGACUACCACGACCAGGAGGCGGACACCUACGACUCGGACCCUGCCCUCGCCGAUGAGACCGCUGACAGCAAGGGUAGGCCGAACGAGGUUGAGGAGAACCCUGAGGAGUACGAUGAGCAGGAGGCUGCUCCUCCGUGCAGGCUCAACGUGGUCGUUGAGAAGCCCGACUCUGCCAAGGGUGCGCUCAACAUCGAGGCCACCCUGUCGGAUGACCAGAUUGUUGUCGACAACGUUUACUACUUCGACAGCGCUGAGCUCGCCAAGGAGCAGACCGCUGAGACGGCCCACAAGGCCUCGGCCGUCUACCCUGGCCCUCCCUUUGGCACCCUGGAUGAGGAGCUUCAGGUCCUCAUGGAGCGCUACCUGGAGGAGCGCGGUGUCACCGCCGAACUGGCCGUCUUUGUACCCCAGUACAUGGACAUCAAGGAGCAGCGCGAGUACACCAACUGGCUAAAGAACGUUAAGGAUUUUGUCAAGGCGUAAGUCAAUUGGCAAAGUCUUUACUACUUUAAUACUUUGACAAAGUAGAGGUUGUGUGAAUUGUGGGCCACUUUGGCAACACUCUCACAAGACUUGGCUUUGUUCAGAUGAUGUACUUUAUGUUCACCUACUGUCACUCUCACCUUUUUAUUAGCUGGACGACUACCAAUGUAAAAUAAUCUGUACAAUCUCGAAACACCACCUAGCCAUGAAAGAAGAAAUUUUGGGCCGUUGAACCCACGUGAAACCGUUUUGGUGGAGCCCCUGGACUUUUUUUUUUUUUUUUUUGUCAA